AUAAAAAUUGAUGGAUAAUUAAUUGUUGCGUAGGCAGUUUAAUUAAUAAAACCUUCAUUAUGGACUUAGACGAGUUAAAUCAGCAUACUUCCACCAUAUUUAAUGCCAGAUCUGAAGCUAAGGAAACUCUCGAAAAUUUAGAGAACACCCUCGCUAAGAAUAAAGAAAUUAAAUUAAACCUCGAACUGGAGUUAAAUACGCAAAAAAUUCUUAACGCGCGACUCAAAUCUAAAAUUGGCGAAAAUUCGAAUCUAAAAACUAUGAUCGAACAAAAAAGUUCGGAUGUUAUAACUAAAACAAAAGAUAUCUACAAAAAUUGUCGGAAGAUUUUUAAGGAUUGCGAAAAUGCCAAGAUUGAAUACUCAAAAUUUGAGUUUUUGUUUUCGGAAAUUACCCCCAAAAUUCAGUCUCAAUUAAGUGAUAAUAAUAGUGAGUUAGAAAAGGAAAUUGAAGCUCUGCAACGUCACUAUGAUGAUCAAGCGGAGUAUUAUCGAUUAGAAAUAGCAAUUUUAGAAAAAGAGGUCGAAGGUUUAGAAAUCGAUGCCGCGAAAUUAGAUCCGGAUAAUUUACUCAGCAAAAUUGAACGAUUAAAAAAUCAAUCCGCUCUGCGUAUCCAGGAGAACGUUGAAAUUAACGACGAAAUAUUAGAUAUACAAAACGAAUUGUCAUUUUAUGAUGAGGCGCCUAUUUUUAAAAAAAUUGAAGAAGUAAAAUGUCAGCAAAUUUCUCUGGUUGAAAACUUUAAUAAUGAGAAAGAGUUGUUGGAUAAAAGAGUAAAAUAUUUGGAAAAUGAAAUACUGCUUUCUUCUAAAUCAUUGGAAGAACAGGAGAUAAUUCUCAAAGAUUUAAAUGAAAAAAUUGACGUUUUGGAAAAUAAAAUUACUAACAAUAAAACUCUAUUAAAUGAUUACAACCAUAAAAUUGAUGACAUGGAAAAUGAUAUGAGAUCUGCUGCUGAGGAUUAUGGUAAUAAAGUAUCACUAAAUAAUGUUGCAAUAGAGGAAUUGGAGGCAAAAAUAAAGGAAGAGGAUGAAAAGGUUAAAAUUCUGCAAAUGGAAUUGGAGAAAAUAAAAGAAAAUAACAAUCUUAAAAACGACAUCAAAGAAGACAAAUUGGCGAUAGAAAGUUUGAGGCAAGAAAAGCAACAAAGAAUGAAAAAUAUCGAAAAUCUGACAUCAGAUUGUUUGCAGUUAGAAGAGCAAAUAGAAGAAGCAACAUUUAAAUCCAGCGAAUAUUCGAAGGGAAAAAUCGAGAUGGAAGAAAAGUACAACGAAUCAAAAAAACAGAACGAAGAAAAGUUGAGAGAGAAAACCAAAAUCGCCCAGGAAAAACUUGAGGGCGAUAUGAAAGAGUAUUCAGACAAGAAAAAUGAGCACGAACAAGUUAAAAUAACAAACAGCAAGUUGUCAGAGGAAAUAAGAGGCAUUCAGUUGGCCAUUGAGGAAGAACAAAAACGUUUGGAAGAAAUAAGAAGCAGAAAGGAGAAUUUGGCCAAGGAGGAAGCAGAUUUAGAUAAAAAGCUUAAAGAAACGAAAACCGUGAUUUACAACAAACAAAAAGUAAUUCGCGAGAAAAAAAAGAGUACCAAAACUAAACCUCAAAAUAAAGAUGUCCCAAAAAGUGUUAAGAGGAAUUUCAGUAGUGAUGAAAGUAGCUUUUAAACCUCAAAAUGAGGAUGCCCCAAAAAGUGUUAAAAGGGAUUUAAAUAGUGUUAAUUGUUUAAUAAAUUUCUAAUUAAUUUA